AUGUCUUUUGCGCCGGGCGAACUGCCUGCCCAAUUUGCACAGCAAAAUCUUAAUAUUGACCGUAUUGAGGGUGCUGACUCGUGGUCCGCCAAACGGUAUAAUGUCGGGCCUCAAUGCAUAGAGCCUGUUUAUUUCUUCAAUGUGGAGCACGAAAGUACUAAACCUUUGUUGCGCUAUAUGAAAUGGGGUGUAACACCUAAGUGGGCUAGCCAGAAAUCACAGAAACUAUCCACAUUUAAUGCCAGGUAUGAGAACAUUGAGCACAGCAAGAUUUGGUCGCACUGUCUUGAUCAUAGGUGUGUUAUUCCGGUCGAAGGUUAUUUUGAAUGGAAAACUGACUCUUCAAAAAACAAGCAACCCUGGUUCAUCCGUCGUAAAGACCAGAAAUUAAUGUUUCUUGCUGGUUUAUACUCAAUAACAAGUGAUGGCAACUAUGAGUACACAAUCAUCACUAGGGAGGCCCCCAAACAGUUGGAAUGGUUGCAUUCACGCAUGCCGGUCGUUCUAGAGCCUGGCACAGAUGAGUUUAACAGCUGGCUCGGGCUUAAGGACUCCAAUUGGGGUAAACUGAGCAAAUUACUCAAAGUGCAUGAAAAGGAAGACCUUGAGUGGUACAAGGUGAAGAAAGAAGUCGGAAACGUGAAAAAUGACGGAGAGGAUCUGGUGAAACCUAUCAAGGAGGAGAGCUUACAGGGGUUUUUCAGAAAAGAAGAAACAAAGCCCAUUAAAAGUGAGCUCACAGCGUCAAUAAAGGAUGAGGAGAAAAAAGAUUCUGCGUCACCAGAGACUUUCAAGCUUUCUCACAAAGAGCCGGUUAUCAAAAAAGAGGGAAGAAACAUAAAUGAUUUUCCUGCUAAGCGACGUAAGAAUUCAAGCUCUCCAACGUCGCCGAGCAAGAAACAGCAUACGAUCACGGAUUUUCUUCACAAAAAAUAGAGCGCUCAUUCAUGUCUAUAUCGUGAUUUUGUGCCGAUCUCGCCAGAAGAGCAGAAGCACGCCGCCUUCGUACACAACAACUCUCAUCACCGCACUCAGAAUAAAACUUGCCCACUGCAAAUCAUGGUUGGCCAUGAACCCGGUGAUGAUGGGCGCAAUCACUUGAGCAAGAAGUCUCAAAGAAUUUUGUAGACUUAAAGCGGCAGCUCUUUCAUUGUCGUGCGCGACAGAGCUCAAGAAAACGCUCUUGGAGCCCAUGUCCAUACUCUUGAAUACAUCCCUCAUCAGUAGGAAAAACACCAUCAUAGGCAUGUUGGUGGAAAACGGAAUUAAGAAGACAAAGACAGAGCACGGGAAAUGGGUCAAAAUCAUUGUUUGUAUUGGGCCGUAUCUUUUGCAGAAAACGGUUCCGAAAAGAGACAUCACAGCAGAGACGCAGUGGGUCACAAGGAAAAUAUCUCCCACGGUUUUAGUGCUGGAGCCGAAUCUCUCGACAAUGUAAUAAGCCACCCAGGAAUCGAUAAUGAUGGCUUUACAGAGAACAUCAACGAAAAAAAGCAUGAUGAUCUGCAUGAUUGUUCCAAAGCGAGGAGAAUGAAUAAGUUGUAGCGUUGACGUGGGAGCCGGUUUUUGUUCGUCGAUCUCGAAUUCCGAAUCCGAACUUUUUGGAGUUUCCUCAUGAUCGCUCACUAGCUCGACCUUGUCGUCCAGCAAGCUGGCCAGGAAAUAUAGAAGCAGGUAUACGAGUCCGACUGCGAAAAAUACACAUUUGAAAGCCGAGAGUUCGGACCAGCCAAAUUUGUUUUGCAGAAACCAUAUCAGAAGGCCGUACACACCGCUUCCCAUAGCCGACGAGAGAUUUCCGGUGAAUGCAUACCAUGUAAAGAAAUCUGACCUUUCAGAGGGCUGCGCUUUCUGUGCAAUAAUGGCGUGCUCACACGGACGAUAAAUCGAAACCUCAACUCCGCCGACCGAUAUUAUCCCUGCGAAAACGGUAAACCAUAAAAGAGGCUUAAACGUGGUCAAUUGGAAAAUGAAGCUUGUUGUCAUCAUCAUAAGGUAGCAGUGCCGCAUCAAUCUCCGCCUGCCGUAGGCAUCCAGAAUUAAUCCCAAACAUGAAGUUUUUAUCAAGUCUCCUAAUGUUCCGACAGAUAUGAAGAUGCCGAUAGAGCUGGCUGCGAAACCGCAAUCUCGCAAGAAAAUAGCUAGUAUGACACUGAUUCCUCCAUAUGUGAAUGCGCGAAGGAAUUUGAGCAAGAAUAUUAGCUUGAUGUUCGUCUGGGCAUAAAAAAUUGUCCAGAUUCCUAUCUCC